AUGGCCUCGAUGCAAGGGCGCAAGCGAUCGCGGCUCGCCUGCCAGACAUGCCGCGACCUGAAGCGUAAGUGCGACGGCGCCGAACCGUGCGGCACAUGCGUGCGGUUCGAGUAUCCGUGCCGCUACUCAGCCGGCAGCAGGAUGCGCAACAAGACGGACCAUACCACCCGCACUCACACGCCACCACGGAGUGCAGGCCCGCUGCCGCCGAUGCACCCUUCACCUACGGAUAAUACGACACCCGCGUCCUCUGUGCAGCAUCAGGCGCGGUCGCUCGAGGCCAACUCUGGACCUGCAUUUGUACGCCGACUUGGCCUCAAAUCUGAUUCCAAGGGGAAUCUGCGGGUGCAGACAUUUGCGUGGAAUGCGUUCCUCGGAUCGCGACAGACUGUACAAAGUCCAAUGGCGCGUCCGGUUACCGAGCUUUUAUCUCAACAACGCAUGUCAUACCUCGCAGGUGUUUACUUCCAAAAACUCCAUCCCACCUAUAGCUUUCUCGAUGCCGAUGAGCUAGAGCAAUACGUACGACUUCGCUGGGCAAAAUCCAGCGCCCCAGAACCUAUUGACGCUGUACUGUGUGGUGUCGCUGCUCUAGGGUGCCUUUUUUCGCAAGUGCACGCAGAUGCGACCGAGCCUGGGCUUGUCGAGUCCGCAAAGCGCAUGCUUGAAGAAUCCUUCUCUCAGCCGCCUUCCGUGUCCAGUAUCAGUGCAUGGUUGCUGCGAGUCAUAUACUUACGACUUGCUGGAACGCAUUACCCGGCAUGGAUGGCAAGUUGUACAGUACUGCAUAUGCUCGAGGCGGCAGGCCUGACAGUGGAAAACAUAGAUCCCGUUGUCCUGCGUCCGGACACAGAGGCGGCAAGCAACGUAGAGACGAAUAGGAGAUUGCUAGCCGUCUCACAACACCUCAACACAUGGAUGUCUUAUGACAUGGGUCUGACCCGCGUACCUCUCUCCGGCGUCACAUGCGCCCUGCCCGCGAAACGACCAGGAGAGUGUACGACAGAGUUAAUGGAGCUGCUCCCAUUCACGAUACAGUUAGAUCCAGAAAGAACGCAACCAGCCUCUGAGCUUGAAUCUGCACUGCAGAUCGUUCUCGACCGCGUUCACACCCGCCCUUCCACAAUCUUGGGGCAAUGCAACCUUGCUCUCUGUCUUUGUCGCCGUUUACGUUCCAUGGAGUUCUCACUACCCGACACCACCAUCCAGCGAAUCUUGAUCUUGACAGCCAAGGGCAUCCAAUCCGCGCGUGAUAUUCUCAUCGACCGCGCCCCGUGGCACCACAUGGCGUACGUGCCCUUUCAGAUUGUCUGCGUUUUGCUAGCAAUCGAUACAGUGUCAUCCAUUUCACAGCUUGGUGAUGCGAUGCAGUGUCUCAAAGAUGUUACUGCCGUGUAUAAUACGCAUGCUACCCGCGAAGCGAUGCGAACGGCGCGCUCGCUCAUUAUGCUGCAUCAGCGUGGCAAAGAAAUGCUAGCCGCCACAUUGAAUGACAUUGUCAAAGUGUACGACAAUGCUGACGAGGAUGCGGCGAAUGCCGCACCGGCGCUAGCUGACGACUUUGCGUGGCUGAAUGGUUUGCCGGAUGACAUGUCCAACAUCCAUGAGUUCAAUUUGGAGCAAUUCCUCAGUCCAGAAUUCUUCUGGAAUGCAAGCAGCAGUUAG